AUGGAGUCUACUACCCCAGCCUGGAGCACCGAAUUCUCAACAAAGAAUGGAAGUACCAACACCUAUUCUCGACCUUGUGAAUUGGAAACUCUGCUCUUUCCCUACCUGGCCGGCAUCAUUGCCCUGGUUGGGCUGGUGGGAAACGGCGUUGUGCUCUGGCCGCUGGGCUUCCGCACGCGCAGGAACGCCUUCUCCAUCUACAUCCUCAACCUGACCGGGGCCGACUUCCUCCUCCUCUGCUUCCUGAUGAUAGAAUCCCUGAAUAAAAUCACUGAGGCCUUGCAUUAUUCCUUCUCCAUCCCAAACGUCUUCAUCCAUGUGUUGGAUUUUUCCUACCUUGCAGGGCUGAGCUUGCUGAGCGCCAUCAGCACCGAGCGCUGCCUGUCCGUCCUGUGGCCCGUCUGGUACCGCUGCCACCGCCCGAGACACACGUCAGCUGUUGUGUGUGCCCUGCUCUGGGUCCUGGCCCUGCUGCUGAGCAUCCUGGAUCUCUUCUGUGGAUUUCUGUACACUGGUGACCAUGAUGCGGGUCAGACAUCUAAAAUCAUCGUAGGUGCGUGGCUUUUACUUGUGGUUCUCUGUGACUCUAGCCUGGCCCUGCUCCUCAGAUUCCUAUGUGGUUCCCAGAGGAUGCAGAUGACCAGGCUGUAUGUGACCAUCCUGCUCACAGUGCUGGUCUUCCUCGUCUGUGGCCUGCCCUGGGGCAUUGACUGGUUAUCAUAUGCAUGGAUGCGGCAUUAUGUUGAAGUCCGUUGCUAUUCAUUUCUAGUUUCCAUGUUCCUGACGUCUAUCAACAACAGUGCCAACCCUGUCAUUUACUUCUUUGCGGGCUCCUUUAGGCAGCGGCGGCAGGAAGGGCAGCGGACCCUUCGGCAGGUUCUCCAGCAGGCUCUGCAGGACACUCCUGAGGUGGAUGGACGUGGGGGCAGCCUUCCUCAGGGAUCCCUGGAGCUGUCAGAAAGCAGACAGGCAGUGUGGAACAGCCUCUGCCCUGGUCAGUCAGAUGUGACUCUGAUGGUCAACACAGACAAUUAA